AUGGAGCUCGCCGGCCUCAAGCGCAUCCUCGAGAAGCACCUCGUCCUCGACCACGCCAACCUCAAGCGCCUCAUCUCGGAGCACUACGAGGACGCCGAGCUCGACGCUCUCGAGCUCGCCGAGCACAUGAAGGAGGAGGUCCGCAUGAACUUCAGCGACCCGCGCGGCUGCUUCGAGGCGAUCCUCGCCAACACGGACGGCCGAGCCCGCGACUUCCUCCUGUCGACCCUCAAGCACCUCCUCCUCCUCCCGACCGAGCCCGAGCAGCGCAUGCGCCACUUCCAGCUCGUCGAGCGCCUCGUGUCGGCCGUCGUCACGGACCGCAAAGGGCUCGACGGCGACUUCUCGCACCUCCUCGGUUCGAGCGUCCAGCAGAUCAUCGCCUCGUUCGGCGACGAGGAGCGCCUCGCCGAGACGCAGGACGACCUCGACGACGCGCACGCCCAGGUCGCGCAGCUCAAGGCGACGGUCGAGCAGCUGCGCGAGGAGCUCGCCGAGGGCGCCGCCGGCAACGUCGGCAAGCUCAAGGACGAGCUCGCGCGCAUCGAGCGCUCGCUCGCGACGUCGCGCGCCGCGACCGAGGCGACCAAGGCCGAGCUUGGCAACAAGGAGCGCGACUACCUCGAGCAGAUCGCCGCGCUGCGCCUCGACAACCGCAUGUUGUACGAGCGGCUCAAGAAGGCGGGCCUGCUCGACGGCGUCGACGAGGACCUGCAGGAGCGCAUGGAGAAGCAGCUGCAGCGCAGCAAGACGAUCCAGAUCCUCGAGGGCGGCGUCGCCGGCGAGGCGCCGCUCCCGGCCAUCCCGGGCCAGUCGCUCCUGGGCAUGACGAGCGCGAGGAGGAGGCUCGAGAGCGAGAUCUCGGCGAGGAGGGGAGAGACGGAGGACCGACUGUCCGAGGGUCAGCGCGACCCUGUACGUCGCCAGCUCGAUCCUUCUCGUUCCUCCCUCACUCACUGA